GAAAAUCGAGUGUUUGACGUUUGAGUUUGACAUCAUUUGACAUGGUGUUUUGUUCUAAACUAAAUUUAAAUAGAUGUGCUGUAUAUUAGUAAAAACCUUCUAAUAUCUAACAUGUUUAAUUAUGCAGUGUGAACAUUAAAUAGUGGAACUGAAAUAUUGGUUCUGAAUACACCAUUGAGUGUUGAUUAGCAAAAAUAAUAAAACCUAAUCAUGGCGGACCCCCUUAGUUUACUACGACAAUAUAACGUCAAUAAAAAAGAAAUAAUUGAGCGUGACGGUCAAAUCAUAUUUGGCGAGUUUUCGUGGCCCAAGAAUGUUAAAACAAAUUAUCUUGUGUGGGGAUCUGGAAAAGAAGGCAGCGACAAAGAAUACUAUUCUCUGGAAUGUCUGCUGUUUAUUCUUAAACACAUAUCGCUUGCUCAUCCAGUGUAUGUCAAGCAAGCAGCUGCAGCAAAUAUUCCACCUGUGCGCCGUCCUGAUCGUAAAGAGCUGCUUGCUUACCUGAAUGGUGAAACAGCCACUUGUGCUUCAAUAGACAAGAGUGCACCAUUGGAAAUUCCAACCCAGGUUAAGCGUUCACAUGACAAUGAUGGUGGAGAAUCAGCAGCGAAGAAGCCCCGCAUUGAGGAAACUCAUGUACAAAAGGUUCGAGAACAGCUGGCAGCAAGAUUGGAUGCGCCCAAAGAAGCCUCUGUCACUGUUGACAAUAUCAAAUCUUUGUCAGAGGCUAUGUCCGUAGAAAAAAUUGCAGCCAUCAAAGCCAAACGUCUGGCCAAGAAAAGGACAACUAUUAAAAGCAAUGACUAUGCUGACACAUUGGGUGUUGUUGGAUCAGACCUGAGAGCCAUUCUAGACUAUGAUGUGGAUCUGACUAAAGAUAUUAUUAGUAGAGAGAGGCAGUGGAGGACUAGGACAACAGUACUACAGAGCAAUGGAAAGACAUUUGCAAAGAGCAUUUUAGCUCUACUAAGUAGUAUAAGAGCUCGCGAGGAAGGCAGGCCCGGUGUGCCACGACCUCAGCCUGUGGUAAUGCCAGCACCCACUGUUAUACCAACACAACAGACGCAAUAUAACAGAUAUGAUCAGGAAAGAUUUAUUAGACAAAAACAAGAAACUGAGGGUUUCAAAAUCGACACUAUGGGUACAUACCACGGUAUGACUCUCAAAUCCGUAACAGAAGGCCCCAGCGUGCCGGCACCUGCGCGCGCGCCACAGACUCCGACCCACCCAAGACAAAUGCCACAGAACGGCUCAGUUCCGGGCACGCCAGGCCGCCGCGACCUGCUGCCGGUGGCGGCGGCGCGCGCGCCCCCCGCCGGCGCCAAGCGGCCCUCGCGCACGCCCAUCAUCAUCAUCCCCGCCGCCGCCACCUCGCUCAUUACCAUGUACAACGUCAAAGACAUGCUGCAGGACCUCAAAUUUGUACCAGUCGAGCAAAAGAAAACAGAAGGUGCAGUUCGUGAGAAUGAAGUACUAUUGCAGAGAAGGAAGGGCCCACACACAGACCAAAUACCCAACAACGCCACUACGAUUACGGUGCCAUACCGCGUGGUAGACAACCCCGGGCGGUUGUCCGCCGCGGAGUGGGACCGGGUGGUGGGCGUGUUCGUGCAGGGGCCGGCCUGGCAGUUCAAGGGCUGGCCCUGGGACGGCAACCCUGUGCAGAUCUUCUCCAACAUUUGCGCGUUCCACCUGAAGUUCGACGAGAUGAAGCUAGACGCGAACGUGGCGCGCUGGGCCGUCACCGUGAUCCACCUCAGCCGCACCAAGCGGCAUCUGGACCGCGCCGCGCUGCUCGGCUUCUGGGAGACACUUGACAAGCACAUGAUGAAGAAUAAACCACACCUGAGGUUCUGAAUAUGAUUUAGUAUUAGAGUUAUAGUAUUUUAUUCAAUAGACUAUUCAUGAUAUCUUGUGAAUAUCCGAAAGCCUUAAUAUAGCAAAGAGAAUCUAAGUCAAGUUAUACCAUUACAAAAAUAUUUUGGCUCAAAACUAAUUAUCUUUGCAAUAUUAUUAAAUACAAAUAUAAAUAUUCGCUGUCUUCAUUAUAGUUUUUUAUAGACUGGGUGCAGGUAGCGUUGACAGCAAAAAGUUGACCACUACACAUAACUUAUCACGUUACGAAUAAGUCUUCAGAUAUCUCUGAAUAUCCUAUUAUACACGUAACAUAACUUGAUAUUAUAAUAUACAAAAAUGUUUAUCAUAGAUAACUAACUAUUUAAUUAAAUAUUAUAAUUAUUAUUGGCAGAUUAAAGUUUCAUUUGUUGUAUAACAUAUUGAAAUAAGGGUUCUGUUUUUGUAUGUUCCGAACCUUAAAUAGAGACAAAUAAAUUAAGAUUUAAAAAAAUCCCAUGCAAUAUUAAAUAAAAAAUCGGUUAUUGUAAUAUUGAUAUGAAUCAGAAAUGAGGAGAUCCGCAGAAGAACUGAAGUCAUCGACAUAGCUCAGCGAGUCGCGAAGCUGAAGUGGCAAUGGGCGGGGCACAUAGUUCGAAGAGCAGAUAGACGUUGGGGUCCCAAGGUGCUGGAAUGGCAACCCAGGUGGUCGACCAGGUGGACUGACGACAUCAAGCGAGCCGCAGGGAUUCGCUGGAUGCAGGCGGCUCAGUAUCGUGAUGUUUGGAAGUCCGUACAAAAGGCCUAUGUCCUGCAGUGGACGUGCGUCGGCUGAAAUUAUGAUGAUGAAAAGUUGAUGAUAUAAAAUAAGUUAUUUGGUUGCCUUGACAACCAAUAACUUAGAAGGUCGUCGGACUCAUUUUCGAAUAUGAGUAUCGUGUGCAUUUUGUUCUGGCAGCCGCAGGUCAUUGAAUACCUAUGAGUUGUCGUCGACAGUGAUAGAUGCACCUGUAAUCUGCCCCGCGCUCACGAUCUCACACCCGCGCAGUAUGUCCCUCGUCGCCCGCAUACCAUGAGGGUUUAGCUUGCCAAGCUAUCUUAGACAAGUUGCGUGAUUUUAAGUUUUGGAGAUGUGUGCAGAAGGCAACGGGAAACCACUGCUCUAUUUUCCCUAGUCGUCAGUAUGGAAUAGUCUCAGAGAGUGGACCGGGAUCGCGAGCGCCGCACAAUUAUUUCGCCUCGCGUAGGAUUGAGACGAGUUCAAGAAACUGACUGCCAACCUUCGCUAGUCGGAGAGGCACCUUAAGAAGAAGAAGAAGUUAAGGACCCCGUAAAAUCAAACGUGUUUGUUUGACAAAAAGUUGCGGCUUUCUUUUUUGUUUUACUCAAUGACAAUUGACAAGUUAGACCUUGGCUGCGAUUUCACCUGAUGUUUACUAGCGAGCGAUGUAGUCAUUCGACUAAAGAUGGAAGCUGGCUACUUGGAAGAGGUAAAGGUUUAUCCCACCCAAACCUCUGAUCUGACGGUUCAUAUGUGGCCAUAUCGUACUGGAACGCUAAAAUGCUUGGCGGUACGUCUUCGACUGUAACUAGCUACGGUCGAUACCUAAAAUCACGCAACAAUGUCUACUAGUGUGUACGAAGUUUUAGAAGUAGUGCACACAAGACAAUUGUACGCAUUUAGUUGUUUGUAGAAGGCAAGACAAAGCGCGUUUCGAAACCUCGAAAGUUUUAUUUACCUAUCGACAUCACUUAAUAAUUUAGAAAUAAAGAUUAAAUAAAUAAAUAUUUAGCGAAUAACACGACUGAUCAGUGAAGUCCCGUUAAUUGAACUGCCGCUUCGAAAACUGUAAAUAUGUAUGGGAAUGACAUUUGCUAUCGACAGGUGACGUGAUCAAGAUCUGUCAUUCCCAUACAUUUUUUCAGUUUUCGAAGCGUUAGCGAUCGUAGAAAGAGAAUCGACGUGCCACUUGGCUAGGGGGGCUGACUUGACUUUGACGCAGGAUUGACAUCAUCAGUUCCUUAUUCCAGUCUGCAAUCAUAAUUAGCUAUGCCAUCAGCAAAUACACAUAAUUGGUAUAUUUUUUUUUACUAUAGGAGCAUCCAUUGUGUAUAGGAUAUAACUGUGAUAAAAACAUGUAUAAUUGUAAACGUUCACGUCACUAUGGUCAUAUUGUUGUAGACCAAUAUUUUAAAUACUUGAAAUCACACUAUAAAUCAUCAUAAUUAAUGUAUUAUUGAAAUAUAUUAAAUGCGUAUUGCGUACAUAUAAAAUUAAUUUAAUUUAGAUUUACAUUACAUAGACAUUUUAAUAUUACAGAAAAAAAAAUUGUGUUACAAGAAAAUCUGUACCUAUGUAGCCAAAAUAUUUUUAUUGAAUGGUAUCGACAUGUUCAAAGAUCUGUGAUCUUUGUUAUUGACAACAAUAAAUUGUUGAACAUUUAA